UCCUAUAGACAUAAGAAGUCAAUUGUUUAAGACAUUGUUAUACAUAUCCUUUUUCAUAUUUCUUUUGGGAUUGCUUUCACUUUAUUUGUUUUCGAGGGAACCUUUUCAAGCUUGUCGCACAGCACUCUUUUCCUUUUUGCGAUUAUAAGUUACCAAAUUGUUCUCCUAAAAAACUUCUUUUGGAAGUUGAUACGUAUGCGUUUUAGAAAAUUUGCAUUUCGACUUAAGAAAACCGUAGUUUUAUGGCGAACUGAACACUCGCGUUUCGUUCUUUAAUUCUUCCAACUCCAACUGACUAAACAAGUUAGACAACUGUUAACAUUAUUAUUUUUGUCUAAAGAGCGUCUUUGCUCAAAUAUCAGUGAUUUAUGCAUUAAUCGCUAGAGCCGGACAGAGACAAAGGGUGUUAUGAGUAUUCAUACUUCGUCAUUGCAAAAUGAUGAACGAGACACAAACAUAUCGUCUCCAAUAGAAGAGAAAUACUCCUUUUCUGCUUCACAUCUCCCAUUUCAUCAACUUCAACGCGCUUCUGUCCGGUAUCACAAUGGUGAUUACUCUUCUAAUCCGCCUUUCUCUCCGAAACACCAGCGUCUUCAUGUAAACCUGGAUCCUUCAAAUUCUCAUGAGCCUCUUGCUGCUGCAAGGGCCAGCGUUUCCUCAUCCAGCGAGCACUUACAGAUCAUAAACAGACGAAAAAAUCAGUUUGGUGUAUCAGCCUCCGAUCGUUAUAGCAAAAACCAUAACUCUUUCUUGGAAUCUUCUUCCAGAAAGUCAGGGUUUGUAUCAAAUGCUGCAGCGAUAGCUGCAUCCAGAUUAUCGUCUUCACAAUCCUUGACGACACGAACAUCUAGCAAGAGAACGCCUACCAAAGCCUUCCCUUUGACUUGGAGACAACAUGAGAAGAAAACAAUUACUUCACGUUCCGGAGUCAAGGAUCCACUCGUCAACGCCAAAGUAUUAUCGAACUCUGUAUCAUCUACCGAUCAAAAGAUAGAUGAAACUAAAAGUCAACAAAAGCCUAUAGGAUAUACUGCGAACUCUCAUUCUUUUUUGAAUACUCAAGAUACAACUGUGAAGAAUAAACACCAUAUUAGGAAAACAACGAUGUCUUCGGUGUCCAAAUCAUUGGAUCACACUUCUGGAGCAUCUAAAUCCGCGUAUAAAUAUCCAAAGCUAAACCUUGAGUUUGGUAAGAAUGCGGAACUUUUUGGUGAUAACACUAAUUCUAAUGAAGCAAGGAAUGUUCUUCACCAAUCAAACAAUGAUAUAGAAAGCAAAGAAGGCAACCCCUUUUUGAAUUCUUCUUUUGUCAGAAAAGCAGCUAAAAUAAGCUCAACUAUCUCUCGCUCUGAAAGUAACGAUGAUAUGAAUAAAUCAAAAGACGAACGAAGUUUGUUAAAUGCAAAUAUAUUUCAGCGUUCAAUGCACCGAAACCUAAAUGAAAAAAUUUUGCCUUCUAAAGCUGUGAAUUCAGAAACGCAGGCUUCCAAUGAUCGAUCUAGCAAUAAUUUAAAUACUCUUUCUAUACGGCCGUCAGUACGAAACGCUGCCGUGAUAGCAUCUAACACAUUUCAAGGUUCGAAAGAUUCUACGGGACAUAUUUCUCAAUACAGUACUUUGCCACCAAAGGAACUUAUUUCUAAAACGAAGGAUAUAGAAGUAUCAAAAUCUAUGCCGUUUACUGCUUCCGUUGGAACUUUUCUUUCGUCUCCGAUGAAAAGAAUACAGCCGCAAAAUCAUAGUUCCAUACCCAAUACAUUACCUUUAGCUGCUGCCCGAAAAAUUGCAAUGUCCGCCAAACAUAGCUUACAAAGAUUGAAGGAUUCUCAUUUUAAUCGAAGUAAUUCUUUAUUUUUUGCAUUUCACGCCGCUAGUCAAGUGUCUGGUGUCAAUGUUGAAACAGCUUAUAAUAAAAGUACAUCCCACUAUAAUUUUAAUUCAUCGGCUCAUAUUGCUGCGAAUCAGGCUGUAAACGAAAAAAAGGACAUCCCAUUACGGCUAAGUUUGUCAAGCGAUCCUACAACUACGGUUCCUAUAACUACUCAGAAUAAGGAUGUUGCGGCACUUUUUGAUACAUCAAUUCCUAACCGUUCUCCUCAUGGUCAUUCAAGUCCAUUGUCUAAUCGCCUGAUUUCAACUAGCGAGGACGUCUUUUAUGAUGCUGCUGACGAUGAAAAUGCGCUAGAUCCCUUCCCUACGGCUCUAGAAGCGUUAUGUGAUUCAUCUCAUAAUACCGAGGAAUCUUCAAAAACGCUUGCUGUUGGUGAAAUUGAUAGAUUAGGCAAUUAUACCGAUACUGAGAGUUCCGAGGAGAGGCCUUCGAAUCUAACGGAAAAGGCUAUUUCUACUUUCAAGAAUUCACUUUUAAAUUUUUCAAACGAUACUGCCAAAGCACUGAAGUGGCGAUUAUCAGGUGUUUUACAACCCGAGAAAGUCGUUGCACCAAGUUUGUUCUAUUUGCAUCGUGAAGCCUUGGAUUCUUCAUCAGCAGUUCACGCAGCAGCUAUUGCAGAUCGGUCAUUCCCUGUUAUUCAGGAGAAACCACCGCCCUUAAAAACGAAAGCACUGAAGAAACCGUCACCCCAUACGUUAAGGAGACCAAGUAGGAAGAAAAGGUUUUUUUCGAAACGAAGCAAUGGAAGAUUUAGAAAUGCCAAAGUAUCGAAGAUUUCCAAGAACAUCGACAUUCCUCGCUUCGUUAUUGAUGAAAACCGACGAAAAGUCUAUGAAGGUUUGUGGGCAGCAAAUAAGGGAUAUCUUCUACGAGGCACUGAUGUAGCCUAUCCGGAAAAUUAUAUUUGCGAUAUAGUAGUUCGCGAGCUAUGGUCAAGAUGUGGCGCUCCUACAAGUGUAUUGGCUUACAUUUAUAGUCUUGUGGAUCGAAGCCAUAUCCACAUGCUAAACCGAGAGGAGUUUAUAGUCGGUAUGUUCCUAAUAGAUCAGUAUCUUACUGGAAGAAAAUUACCGCUAAAAGUACCUGACUCUGUUUGGAUUAGUAGCAAAAGAAUGGGAGAGAUGCUUUGGCGUCUCGAACAGCUGCAAAAAAAAACGAGAACGAAAAAGAAUCGUUUCAAAAGAAAAGUAUAUAAGGGCCUUAAGUGGGAAAUUGGUUCGGACCAUGAGGAAAAGGGUGAGGAAGGAACAGCUACAUGAUAAAUUCUGCAUAAUUUGAUGAUUGUUUAUGUUUAAACUAAUAUGGGGUUUCUAAUAAUUUUUCGUUCUUUCUAUGGUAACAACCUAAUCAUGUAUCACUUAAAUUCUUCUUUUUCCUUUUGAAAAGUACAAGCGUUUGUGUGGUCUGUUUAAUCGUCUAUGGAAAAUAGCAUUCAAAUAGUUUUCAUUGCUUUAAGGAGGAUCUAUCGACAAAAAGAAACUCCAAGUUUACGUCUUCAUGAAUUUUUAUUACUACUGUUUUAAUACUAGAUUUUCUUUCUUUUAUUUAUAUAUAUCCCAAUAGAUUUUGAUUUCUGUUUAAAA